UCUCAUUAUAUUUGCGGAUGGUAGGCAUUCUGUUACGAUUAUAUUUCUAUUAGUGUCAGUUAUAUCUCGGUAAUCUGAAUACUCGUGGAUUUUGGACCUGCCCCUGGCAAAUCAGAUUACGUCAUCUCCCCUUCCCCAGUUUUCCUGUCAACUUUUGCGUUUCCAAGACGAUUUAACCGCGUGAUCAUAAGCGCCAUAUAACAUUUAGAUAGGAUCAGACCUUUACCCAAACCUUGUACGGUACUUAACUCCCCCAUAUUAAUAAACCCAUCCAAAAGCCGUAUAUUACCCCCCUUCAACCAGAAAUUCCUCUCAAUCUUAUCGCUUUAAAGAACCAUGGACAUCGCAAGAAGCGCUGAUCGACAAAACGCACCGCCUUUGGCCAGGCAAAACGCUUCCCAGUCUCGCUUCAAGCUCAACCUCCUCAUUUCUUUUGUCUUCACACUCCUCCUCCUCAACUGCCUCUUGUUCAGCUCGAGUCUUGGUCUCCAUCCCACCACAGUCAUCGUGCUUGAUGUGCGCCAUCGCUUCCAGCAAGUAUUUGCCUGGCUCCUACCACAGUCAUGGCUCGCGCGCGACUUCGACUUGGACCACAACAUUGACCUUCCGCUCUCAUCUAUUUUUGCACCGAUUCUCCCAGUUGACGGCAUCUUUGAGUACGGACUAACAAAAUAUACGGAACGUAUCUCCGACGGCGGUGAAACUGUCACCACCGUCCACUACAAUUCGUCCCAGCGUAUCAUGGCACGCUAUGCUGCUUUUAGCACCAUUCCCUCGCAGAAACUACUCUCAGAGGUGGUCAUCUACCCCGGUGACGGCUGCUCAUCGCACGCUGAGGGUUAUGCACACACGUACACGGACAAGUUUGUGGUGUUGUUUCGUGGCAACUGCUCCUUUUUCGACAAGGCGCAGAAUGUGAUCAAAGUCUUGAAGCCACGAGGCGUCAUCAUAGCGGACAACAGCCCGCAGCGCCACGAGUUGAUCACUAUGUACUCAAAGAACGGUUUGGGCGAUCUUGAUGGCGAGAAAUUGGGCGUGCCGGUGUUGUUUGUAACGUAUGAGAGCUACCUGUGCCUUGCAAGGUUCAUUAAAAAGAAGAACAAGGGCUGGAAGUCUUUAGAAUCGUUUGAUUCGGUACAGUUUGAGGGCCCCAAAUCUGACGAUCCCUUUAAAGCUCCGGUGAGAUUUGACGAAUCUGAAGAUAACACCGAUGAACCCGAUCUCAGUCUCUCAUUUGUCCAGCUCUCUACUAUUGACGAUUCGCGCUUCUUCAACGUACUCAUUUCUGUCAUCUUCUCGCCUCCGCUUCUCCUCUUUCUCAUCUUCUUGGUAGUGAAGCACCACGAGCAGCAACGUACCCAGCCCCGCAAGGUGGACGAAAACUUUGUCAAGCAAAAUCUCCCGGUGUAUAUCUACGAUCCAAAGUUUCUUAUACCGCAACGCGACUUUAACAAGUUCCAGAAGCUUGCCACCAAGCUCAAAGACGAGUUUCCCAACUUUGCGGUUCCGAGUGUAAUGUCCUCGCUGGCCUCCAUCUCGUCACUUUCUUCUCAAGUCUCCAUGUCCCAUUCAGACGAAUACUACUCCCAGCUCACGCAACUUAUCUUACGACUCCAGAACAUUGAUAUCCUCGUUCCAUCCCUUGGAAAUACAGAUUUUUCCCGCCUCAACUAUUUCAACACCACCAAGUGUGCGAUCUGCCUCGAGGUGUACGAACCCUGGGUGUCUGAAAUAAUCCCACUUGCAUUUUGCAAGCACAUCUACCACCGGAAGUGCAUUUCUAAGUGGGUUGUGAACCACAACACCAAGUGCCCGUUAUGUCAAGACGACAUCACUAGCCAUGACUACAAGAAUGACGACCCCCACGAAGGGUCAAACAUGGUCUUUGACGAGGAAAGCCAUGUCUCUGGAAGUCUUUCUCCCGAUAGCGACGGUGAAGUCACCCCUCUUUUAGCGAAUACGUUGGUUUCGGAUGGGCAGUAUGGAUCAAUCACAGAUUCUUUUGUCAAUCACUACAACUGUGUGAACCAGGUACCGAGACGGGGCUGUCAGCUGGUAUGUGUGUUGCCCCAUUGGAACGGAAUGCCCCAGGGGAUGUCCCACGGGACGACCUUAAUCGAGCGCAGUGAUUUAUUCACGGCGGAUGACGACCCGUACGAGAACCCGUUGUUCAUCGAUGAAUCAGAAGGGCAGGAGGGUAUCAAGGAAAAUGAUCUGAACAGCGUGCUUACGUUAUAGUGCCCUCGGAAUUCCCUUGUCGCUACGAACCCUGCCCCUUUGUUAUGCGCAAGGCUUCAUCGAUAUUUUAGUGAUAUAUGGUGUGUUUUAAUCUGUUUGCUACCUUUUUGUUUCCUCGCUCUUGUUUCUUGUUGUCUUUUGUUUUUACCUUGGUCUUUCUUUGUGGUUUAUGAAUUAAUGAAUUUUUAGUUUUACUUGUCCCUCUACGU